AAUAAGAUGCGCAUGAAUUUACAAUCUUGAAUAAAAGAUAAGAGGACCAAAUAAAUGGCCCACUCGGUUAGUCUGUGCGCGCCUGUAUGUGUAACUUAUGUCGGCAUUGCUCCGUGUGACGCGGAGCUGCGACGCUGCGCUUCUUCUCUGUGUGUGACUUCCAUAAAGUGCAGGACUUUCAAACUUCGGACUCCGCUUUCCUCAGUUGAUGGAGUUACACAGUUCUUAAGUCAACUCACAAUGGAAAGAAAAGCGCCCGUCGCCGGCUGUGAAGGCUUCCUGUGGUCAGAGUGGAUUACUGACUUCAGUAAGGAGAAGGAGCGCCACUCCAGGAUAUGAAGCUCGUUGCAGUGCUCGUACUGCAGAAGUCUGCGGAUUGUUCACAGACUUUUUCCUCCAUCACCUGCCCGUCUUGUGAAUGAGUGCGCGCUCAGGCGGGCGGUCCCUCUUAAUUUAUGAGAAACAAUGUCACUUUGAUAAAAAAAAGAAAAGAAAAAAACACACACACACAGUGCUGACUCACUACCACUGAUGAGGACCAAAGACUCCCUGUGUCAAGAGUCAGCUGGGUUUCUUUCUGCCAGCCCUCACUAACACCUCCACCAUUCAGUGCUCCACGUUGCCAUUGGAAGAAACCCAAUGUCUGCCUCCUCUCCCCCAUCCUUACCUCGAGCCUUCCUCCACUCUCUCUAUCCGCACCACCCGUCCUCGCCUUCGUCCGCGCCUCUCUACACUCGGCUUUCCAACGGCAGCCACAGCGUCUCCAGCACCACCAACUCUUUCCACGGGGUGUCCUUCCUGCUGCAGAUAGGACUGACCAGAGAGACGGUGAACCUGGAGGCCAGUGACCUGUCGCUGUCCGCUGUCAAGGACCUGGUGUGCUCCAUAGUGGACCAGAAGUUCCCAGAGUGCGGCUUCUUUGGCAUGUACGACAAGAUCCUGCUGUUCCGCCACGACUUAAACGAUGAGAACAUCCUGCAGAGGCUGACCUCGGCGGAGGACAUCCACGAAGGAGACCUCAUUGAGGUGGUGCUCUCUGCUCAAGCCACAGUUGAAGACUUCCAGAUACGACCCCAUGCCCUUUACGUCCACUCCUACAAGGCUCCUACCUUCUGCGAUUACUGCGGGGAGAUGCUAUGGGGUCUCGUCCGACAGGGGCUUAAAUGUGAAGGAUGUGGGCUAAACUACCACAAGCGCUGCGCCUUUAAGAUCCCAAAUAACUGUACUGGCGUGAGGAAGAGGCGACUGUCCAAUGUGUCGCUGCCUGGACCCUGCCUCUCCUUCCCCCGACCGACCCCGCCGAGAAUGCCGUGGUUCGUCCUGGACGCGCAGAAGUCCCAUCAGGAGGCAGGGAAGAGGAUCCUGUCCUGGAGCGGCAGGCCUAUCUGGAUGGAGAAGAUGGUGCUGGGACGGGUCAAGGUGCCGCACACCUUUGCCAUUCACACCUAUACUCGCCCCACUAUCUGCCAGUACUGCAAGCGUCUGCUCAAGGGUCUCUUUCGCCAGGGCAUGCAGUGUAAAGAUUGCAGAUUCAACUGCCAUAAGCGAUGUGCAUCAAAGGUACCUCGGGACUGUUUGGGGGAGGUGGACUUCAAUGGAGAGCCCGCCAGCCCUGGCCCCGACUCCGACACUACCAUGGAUAAUAUGGAGGUGGACAGUGGCGAUAUGGAUAGCGGCAGAGGACUGGACGACCCAGAGGAACCCUCCACCCCAGAUGAGAGGAUGUUCGACAUGGAUUCUCCCUUAUUGGAUAGAGAGAAGGACGAAGAGCCCAUCAAGACUAUUAGCCCUUCCACCAGCAGCAACAUCCCUCUGAUGCGGGUGGUCCAGUCCAUCAAACACACCAAGAGGCGGAGCUCCACUGUGGUGAAGGAGGGCUGGAUGGUUCAUUAUACGAGCAGGGACAACCUGCGGAAGAGACAUUACUGGAGGCUGGACAGCAAGAGUCUGAGUCUCUUCCAGAACGACACCGGAGCCAAGUUCUACAAAGAAAUCCCUCUGUCCGAGAUCCUCCAGGUGGAACAGUCCAGAGACUACAGUAAUCUGUCCCAGGGCAGCAACCCACACUGCUUUGAGAUCAUCACAGCCACCAUGGUCUACUAUGUAGGGGAGAACAACUGCAGUCACUACCACAGCCCCGCUCUGGCUGCCUCAGGAGUCGGCAUGGAUGUGGCUCAGGGCUGGGAGAAGGCCAUCAGACAGGCCCUGAUGCCCGUCACCCCGCAGCCCAGUGUGGCCCAUCCUGCCAGCCAGGGAAAAGAUCAUAAAGAGCUGUCCAUCAGCAUAUCUGUGUCCAACUGCCAGAUCCAGGAGAACGUGGAUAUUGCUUCGGUGUACCAAAUAUUCUCUGAUGAAGUGCUGGGAUCUGGCCAGUUUGGCAUCGUGUAUGGAGGCAAACACAGAAAGAGCGGCAGAGAUGUGGCCAUCAAAGUUAUUGACAAGAUGAGAUUUCCUACCAAGCAGGAGAGCCAGCUGAGGAAUGAGGUGGCCAUAUUACAGAAUCUGCAUCACCCAGGUAUCGUCAACCUGGAGUGCAUGUUUGAGACGCCCGAGCGGGUGUUCGUCGUCAUGGAGAAGCUGCAUGGCGACAUGCUGGAGAUGAUCCUGUCCAGCGAGAAGAGCAAACUGCCUGAACGCGUCACCAAGUUCCUCGUCACACAGAUCCUGGUGGCCUUAAGACAUCUGCACUUCAAAAACAUUGUUCACUGUGACUUGAAGCCUGAGAAUGUACUACUGGCCUCCGCAGAGCCUUUUCCUCAGGUAAAGCUGUGUGACUUUGGCUUUGCCCGUAUCAUCGGCGAGAAGUCCUUCCGGCGCUCUGUGGUUGGCACCCCGGCAUACCUGGCUCCAGAGGUGCUGCGCAGCAAAGGCUACAACCGCUCCUUAGACAUGUGGUCGGUGGGAGUAAUUGUGUACGUCAGCUUGAGCGGGACGUUCCCUUUUAAUGAGGACGAGGACAUUAACGACCAGAUCCAGAAUGCUGCCUUCAUGUACCCCCCUACGCCCUGGAAGGACAUCUCCGCGGAGGCCACAGAUCUGAUCAACAAUCUUCUCCAAGUCAAGAUGAGGAAGAGGUACAGCGUUGACAAGUGUCUCAGCCAUCCCUGGUUACAGGACUAUCAGACAUGGCUGGACCUCAGGGAGUUUGAGACACGACGAGGCGAGCGCUACAUCACCCACGAGAGCGAUGACGCACGCUGGGAGGAGUACUCCGACGAGCACAGUCUCGUUUACCCAAAGCACUUCAUCAUGGCUCCCAACCUGGACGACAUGGAAGAGGACCCCUAGUAGCACGGCCGGGAACUUACUACACCACAUGUAUUAAAAAAAAAAAAGGACAGGAAGUUUCACAGGGAGACUUUGGGAGCGGCGGAUUUACCCCCCAGAACUGUUUGUUGUGGAAACAGAGAGAAGCCGAUCAGGUGGUGGAGACUCACUCUCCGGAGGCUUUCAAGUGGGAAAAACCCGACAGAAUGUGUAGCAAUGAUGCACUGCCGCAAGCAGAAUGCAGGUGGAGAUGCGCGCCGCAGCAGCGCAUUAAGAAACUGUCAGGAGAGAUGAGUGUUCAUCUUCUUUUUGCACGAUAUUAAAACAUUCCAUGGAUUUACUCAUUGUUAGAAGCAAUCACAAACCAAAACAAGGUGAACAUAAUAGUCUAGUUGUUGCACUCACAAUGUUAGAUAACUCUGAGUAAUAAUAUGACUCUGUCCUUGUCUGUGAGAUCGGAUAGAGAGCUAACUAACCCCAGGAGUAAAGGGCACUUUCACAAGGGAUUUACAGUCCGAGGAUUUAAAACGCACCGGUUUGGUUCUCGAUUCCCACCUGUUUGUGAGGCUGUCCUUUGGCAUAAAACUGGAACUAUCACAUAUAUUUCUUUAAAGAAAAAAAAUGUAUUUCCUAAAUGUGGUAGAUUUUUUUGCACUAUAAUACCAUUGAACAUUGCAAUGGAAUAGGAACACUAUUCGCUGCUAGAGAGCGAACAGUGUUUGAAUCUCCAGUCGAGGUGCAACGUUUUAACUGGAGAUAAUCGGCAGAAAGUUGAUGCGUAACAUGCGGUAUAUUGGCUGCUUUGUCACCAUUUAUUAUGACACACCUCGAUAUUUUCAACCACAAGCAUGAUGUGUUAGUGGCAGAUUAUGCGAGUUUGAUCAACUUUCCCCCUGGAGACAGGAACUAACAGACCAUGACCACAAAUAUUCAUUUUGUUUCAGUGUUUCCAAACUUUUUCUAAAUUUACGAUGAAUAUUCAUUUCUUGAGUCACUGAAUAGUCAUUAAAUGCAAUAAUGGAGACAUUUGCUUUCUGUUGAACGCGAGGCAAAAGCGGCAUGGACUCUAUGUUAGAGCGUCAUGUUUCUGUGCAUCUUUCUCUGGACUUUCGCAGUAUUCUUGAAUGCAACUUUUUUAAGCACUCCAAUUCUGGAAUAUGUGUUUUUCAGAUUUAGGUUUCUGAAUGUUGCAAACCGAGAUUUUACAUAGAACAAAAUAUUGGUGUGAGUUACCUUGUUUAUGAUGUUGUCUGGACCGUUGUAAAAGCCCUUUUUGUCUCGACAGUGGGCAGUAGAAACUAUUACAAUGUUGUCCACAUGGGAGUUUAUUGUACUGCAGUUUUGUUGUUUGCUCUGUUGGUGUGUUUUAGGAGUACGUUCCUGUUUCCUGUUGUCCUCUUCCUGUCUUCUUUGUUGCCGCUGGAUUGGCAGGUGUCAGCGUUUUUGUAUAUUUCAGUACAUACCAAUGGAAUAAAAAAAAAAACCCACCAAUUUCUCAACUGA